AGAGAACAUUUCAAAUAACAUAACAAAAUAACUCCAAACUUUCCGACGACACUUUUCCGACGAAAAACCACCGUAAACAAUGGCAGGAAGAGGCAAAACCCUAGGAUCUGCCGUCGCAAAGAAGGCCACAUCUCGUAGCAGCAAAGCCGGUCUCCAAUUCCCCGUCGGCCGUAUCGCUCGUUUCCUGAAAGCCGGUAAAUACGCCGAGCGUGUCGGCGCUGGAGCUCCGGUCUAUCUCGCCGCUGUUCUCGAAUACCUCGCCGCUGAGGUGCUGGAAUUGGCGGGAAACGCGGCAAGGGAUAACAAGAAGACUCGAAUUGUGCCGAGGCAUAUUCAAUUGGCGGUGAGGAAUGAUGAGGAAUUGAGUAAGUUGCUUGGUGACGUCACCAUCGCGAAUGGUGGCGUCAUGCCGAAUAUUCAUAACCUUUUGCUUCCGAAGAAGUCUGGUUCGUCGAAGCCCUCUGGUGAUGAUGAAUAGGUGAUGCUGGUUGAAGAUUGGUGAUUGAUCUGCUAUUCGUUGGUUAGGGUUUUGGUUAUUGUUUUUGUUUGUAGGAGUUGUUAGUGACAUUUGGUUGAUGAGUUAGUGUGUAUAUGUUUCGGUUUAAGGUUCUUGAUAAUGAAAACUUUUAUCUUUUUGAUUA